UUUUUCUUGUCUAACAAAUUUAAGGUUAGUGACAUUAGUCACAUAAUUUUGUUAUAUUUAUGUUUUAUUCUUUCAGGUUCAAAUAAAAAUAAAAAAUGGUUCAAGGUGGAGUGAAAUGUGUAAAAUGGCUCUUGUUUGUGUUCAACCUACUUUUCUUUUUAUCUGGUUGCGCAUUAAUCGCUGUUGGAGUUUGGUUGAAUAUUGAGAGAGAUGACUGGGAGGGGGUUUCAAAGUAUGACUACAUUUCAGUUGCAAACGUAGUGAUCGCAGCUGGUGCUAUUAUUAUCGUAUUUGCUUUUCUUGGGUGCUGCGGUGCGAUAACAGAAAGCAAAUGUAUGCUGCUUAUUUUCUUCGUCUUCUUGCUGAUUAUCUUCAUCAUGGAGAUUGGGACUGGUAUAGCUGCUUACGUCAUGCGUGGAGAGGUAAAAGAUGAGCUACGUAAACAGCUUGAAGAACGGAUUCCUAGCCGAUUCUACAAAGAAAGUGGUAUUUUCAGUGCUAUGAAUUCCAUUCAAAGACAUUUUGACUGUUGCGGUGUAAACAACAUCACGGAUUGGAAAACACAAGCUAAAAAUAAAGAUGGCAACUUAGUAGCGGAAGUGCAAUCGUCAUGUUGCAUCGAUGAUAGAAGUAAUGCCGGCUACUCUUCUGCGUGUGGGACCUUACCUUAUACGAACGCCGUAUCUUACAUCACUCGAUACAACACAAAAGGUUGCUAUAAAUCUAUCGAAGAUUUUAUUGAGGAAAACUUGUUAUAUGUUGGUAUAACUGGUGUGGUGUUCGCAAUCUUUCAGAUUGUCGGUAUGGUGUUCACGAUGGUUUUAUACUGUGCGUUACGACGAGAUUCUCAAAUCGCGUAAAAUUCUAAAAAAUUCUCGUAAAAUGUUACAAACUAAUAAUUCGCGUCAAAUGUGUGCGAACGAAAUUUAUUACUUUCAUUAAAUUUAAUGUAAAAAAUUUAACUUACUUAUUGAUUGGUGUCCGAUUGGGAAAAAAUGUUAUUACAAUGAAAGUAAAGAAAUGUUGAAUUUUGUACAGCUUUAUUGCGUAUCCUCUGGUUGAGUUAACGAGUUCCAAUGUAACUUGGCGUGUGGUUGGUAGAACUGUUCUAAAUUAUAACCCAUAUUAACUUAUGUAGUCCAGUUUCCUGGUAAAAGUGGAGGUCAGGUAUCCGGAUUGGUUGCUGCUUGGAUAUUUAUCACAGCCUAUGAUAUGUUUAUUUUCAGCAGUAGGACAGUUGUAUAUCUAGAUUUUUUUGAUAAUUUGUCAUUUGUAAAUUUGUAAUCUUUUUUGUGUAUAUGCACUUAGUAUAUGUAUUUUUUAGUCUCUAUAA